AUGGAGUUCGUCGAGUUCCUCAAGAACCCGAGGCGCUUCACGGACCUGGGCGCCAAGAUCCCCAAAGGAGCUCUUCUCUGCGGCCCUCCCGGCACGGGAAAAACUCUCUUGGCCAAAGCCACGGCAGGCGAGGCGUCUGUCCCCUUCUACUCCAUCUCAGGCUCCGACUUCAUCGAGAUGUUUGUGGGUGUGGGCCCAGCCCGCGUGCGUGACCUCUUCAAAGAGGCGAGGGAGUCGGCGCCCUGCAUCGUCUUUAUCGACGAGAUCGACGCCGUGGGUCGGCAGCGGGGGAAAGGAGGGUUCUCGGGGGGCAACGACGAGAGGGAGAACACGCUGAACCAGCUCCUGGUGGAGAUGGACGGCUUCUCCCCUUCCACGGGGGUGGUUGUCCUGGCGGGGACGAACAGACAUCUUGGACGCCGCCUUGACGCGGCCCGGGCGCUUCGACCGUCAGAUCCAGGUGGACCGACCGGACAUAAAAGGGCGCGCGGACAUAUUCAAGGCUUCACGGGCGCCGACAUCGCCAACAUCUGCAACGAGGCCGCCAUCGUGGCGGCUCGCCGCAACAAGACGAGCGUGGACCUCGCGGACUUCGAGACGGCGACCGAGCGCAUCAUAGCCGGACUGGAGAGCCACAAGCUGAUUUCACCCGAAGAGAAACGCAUCGUCGCAUAUCAUGAGGCGGGGCAUGCCGUGGCAGGCUGGAACUUGCAGCACGCCGACCCUCUCCUCAAGGUGACCAUUGUGCCCCGCGGCUCCGGCGCUCUGGGCUUCGCGCAAUAUCUCCCCAAAGAAGUCUUUCUCCGGACAAGAGAGCAAAUCAUGGACAUGGUCUGCAUGACGCUGGCGGGCAGGGCGUCCGAGGAGAUCUUCUUCGAGAAGGUUACAACCGGUGCCUCGGACGACUUGCGGAAAGUGACUCAGAUCGUCUAUCAGAUGAUCCAGGUGUACGGGAUGAACGAUCGGAUCGGGAACCUCGCUUUUCCCAAGCAGGAGGGCGGCUUCGGCAUGGAGCAGCGCGCCUACAGCGAGACGACUGCUCAGGCGAUGGACGAGGAGGCGAAGAAGCUAGUGGAUGAGGCCUAUACGUAA